AUGACCGAGGUGUAUGACGGAUCCGACAUGAGCGAGACAACUUUGCUCGAAGAACUGACCAUUCCAUUGACUAAUCCAGUGGAAAGGAUUGCGACAAUGUUGACUCCUGCAACAUCCUGUGCAAUAGAGUGGCUCCCCAAGACAAUCUUGACAUUUGUAGACCCCAUCCUGGUCGCAGACGAUGCAUCUCCUAUCUUCUGGAGGAGCUUCUCGAUCCAGGAGAGUCACCAUGGCAAGGUCAGGUCAUUCCAUCGCUUGUCUCCUGGAAGACAUAGGGCACAUCAACCCCAGACACAGAAGCUCACAGAAACUGAAAUUUCUGAGCUGAAGAACUACCUUCCUGAGUGGACUUCUGCGAAAAGGAGCGAGAAGCAGGCAGUUUUCACUGCAAUUGCCAGGGCUGCCAGGUUGUUUGCACCAAAGGUGGACAAAGGACAAUGGAAAAAGAGGAAGCAGAUAUACAAGACUUGGUUGUUCAACAACAAGAAAAAGAAGGAAAGGAAGGACAUGAUAAAGUAUGGGAGGAAAUGGACGCCUAGGAUGAUGAUCUACCAGGAGAAUCAGGAAGAGGUGCUGAAGAGGAUCAAGGAUGAGUCUGGGGCAAAGCCAGGAGAUCCUGGUAUGUUCAAGCAUUAUCAGGCAGCUGUGAAGAGAGUCAUGGCUGAAUUGUCUGACAACGAAUUGGAGAAGGCAAAAGAAACCGCCAAAGAAUGGUCCAACAACUGUCCUCCUCCUGAGAUACAAGCACAGGUCGCCCGUAAGAAGGGACCUGCAUAUAUGGAGCACUUUUCGAAGGAGAUGUGGAGGCAAUGCAGGAUGAGAGUGUUUGUGCUGUCAGCUUGGAAGAAUGAACAGGGCGAGGUGCUGUUCGGGAUGCAUGAUGAUAACAAGGCAUUAGGAGAUGGGGACAACUUCAUGAAGACAAAGGACUGGGAGGACAUUGAGCCGGUGUGGCAGGAGUACACGCAGGAACAGUUUGGUGCCGGAGUAUGGGAAGGUGGCCAACAGAUGAAGGGAGGUCGCAAGAGAAUCCGAAAACCAGCCUUGGAGCUCAACACUGAUGAAGAUGGCAUGCUGUUGCUUCUGGACAUCACUGAAACAAAACUCGAGGAGAAGAAGGCCAUAGUCAGGGCUUUUCUCACAUUGCACUAUCGGAUUUGUUCGGGGAUCGACAAGGCAGUAGUGCCAUGGAGUGCCAUCCUUCAAUGCCAGGAUGACUUUGUGUCACGAAGAUAUCUUCUGGCGGAUGUUGACUUGAAGGAGCCUUCCAAGUUGCAAAAUUGGGACAUGAUGGCCCUCCUCAAUUUCUGGUAUGCUCAGCAGGAGAAAGGCGAAGGAUCAACAUUCACGUUCAAAGCAUGGAAGAACAAAGAUGGCGGCAUGGUAGCAUCGGUCAUAUCAGGCGGGUUGCCUUCCCAUCGGACGGGUAAAGUCAAAAACACGCAAAGGGUAAUCAUCCAAAGCCCUAGGGAUUCAUCCUCCGAACCCGACAGUGAUUUCGGGAAUGACACUCAUCAUACGGAUGAUGAUGAUGAUGAUGAUAAUGACUCGGCUGAUGGUAGAUCACUGAAAAAGAGAACCAGAACCGGAGAAGGUCCUUCAUCAUCACAUGCAGAGAUGGCAAUCCCACUGUCAAUUCCGAAGCCUCACCCCAUCAAGCUGGUGACAUGUGGUGCACUGCUGACAUCGCGAAUGGGAGACCUCCUGGCAGGGUUAACCAAUGGCAACAUUGGUGAGGUUGACGAUGAUGUUGCAAUGGAAGGGAGGAAAACAUUGCCGGCUCCGAAAAGGAUGCGGGGAAAGAAAGCGGUGAUUGAGCCAUCGGCGAGGAGCACCCGGAGUAAGUCAACGCCAAAGCCAUUAGACAGUACUCCUCGGGUGACAAGAGCGAGGGGAAGGAAGUGA